UCAAGUCGAAGAAGGCCGGUCUCAGGCGGAACUUGACAAGUGUCCCAAUUUCAAACAUUAUCGACACGCCUAGCUGCACUACAAAGGAGUCAGCCGGUUGAAGGAAUCCGGAAAAAAGAUGGAAGGUCUUCACUCACACACACACACAAAGCAAGUUUCGCUAAACAUAAUGAAAUAAGUAGACAGAGAGAAAAUCAAGACUUUUCAAACUGGGUUGUAGAGGAGAAAUGUCUGCGAGUUUUAUAGACAAUGGCCAUAGAAAUCUUAGUUGGGACACCAGCAUAGAUCGAUGACGCCGCUCUCUUCAUCUCACGCACGCACACUCAAGAAGCACUCAUUGCACGCGCAGUAUAAGACCCGUUACGCUGGCAUGCAGACUCCUGGUUGAACGCAGGUGAACGCACACACACACACACGUAGCCCGUACGCACGUGCAUCCUCGUGGACACGUGUACACCACACACACAUACACACACAAAAGCGUGUGGGGAAAAGAGAGGAGCAGAGCGCAAGAGGUCAGGUGACUGGAAACGCCAGUACGAGAUCAGUCCACAAGACGGUGUGAAAAGUAAUUAUGCUGAUUGGUGUUUGCUACUUCACCAGUCCUGCCCACGCCACCUCACCGUCCCGCGACCAGCGCCGAGCUCAAGACGAACGGACGGACCGCCCAGCAAGCACCAUAAGACACGCCGACAUCUUGUUCCGCUUCUGGACGUAUAAGAAGGAACGGGGAGAGUAGCAAGCACCAUGCUAGUUGCAGCCCUCCCUGGUGCCGGACGGGGGGGAUGACAGGAGGCCUGGUGGCGCAGUGGUAGGUAGAUCCAAACUUUCUGGUUUCGCCUUCCGGGCGCUGGUGUUCAGCAGCAGACUUCAAAGCGUCUUCGUGCCGCUAACAGGCUACCUGCGCUCCAGGUGUUGGAUAAAAAGCGGUGAGUGGGCUUGUGGAGUAAGGUUCGUGGGAGGAGCACGGCUUCUGCUGAGGUCACCUGUACGCAUUCCCGGCAAGGCGCAGGUGCUAACAGUCCAUCAAACCGUCUUUCGCCUGUACCCGUGGCACCUGCUGAUGAUCGGGCACGCCCAGUUACGCCCACCUGCUAUACAACCCCACCCUGUGCAUCGCGUGCACGUGUCGGAAUGCCAGUCGCCACGCGCAUCUCGUCCUCCCCAAGACUUGGACUGGCUGUAAUGUCAACCAUCUACCUUGGCUCCAACAAGCCCUCAAAGCAGUCUCUGGAAAAAUUGAAGUCAAGCUGGAACAAGAUUGACAGGCUGUCUGACGCACGAGUUCUCUCCCUACAGACCUCUCUCUAAUAGGAAAAAAAUAAAAGUGGAGGGAGGGUAGGUCUGUUUCGCCAGGCUGCUGCUGCAAGGGACGCAAUCUUCUGAAGGCGGGCGCACCCAACAGCGACUUAUGGCCCUUCACCCCCAACGAUAGAAGCUGGACGCUGCACCAUGUGACCAGAACUGAAAGGCACCAAGCUGAUGCCAGAUUCAAGUCAGUCACGUGACAAGAGUACUCGGAGUGUUUUCAUUUCGCUUGCGGUACAGUGCCACGUGAGCAGUCAUCAGUGACUGGGUUUUAUUAUCUUGGAUGUCCUGUGAUAAGGCAAUGAUGUAUCAAGAUCCGUAUGUGAAGGAUCUUUGUGAAUAAAUAAUGUGAUAGGUCUAAACCUCAUUUGAAGGAUCUCGGUGUGCAAAUGUUGCGUAAAGAAUCUUACUGCCAUGUGUGACGAAUUUUAGGAUAACUGAUUUUGAAGGAUACUGGUGUUUUAAAAAACUGUGUGAAGGAUAAUGGCAGUCUAAACCGUAUUGCAAGGAUUUUAUAUAGAAAUAAUAUAAAAUUUCCGUUUUGCAGGCCAUUACAUAAAGUGAUAAUAAUAAUAAUACAGCGAUGACACUUUCCGUUAAACAGCACAACUACACACUGCCUAUUACAGCCAUCCUUCUUUCAAACAUUUUCUGAGUGUAAGGCUCUCUGUUAUAAUUUUUUUUAAACUUUCAAACAAAGCUUCCCAUAAAGAUUAGAAGCAUAAUAAUUUAAUACUACAGCUCCAUAGUUAUGAAUAGUAACAGCAGUGAAUUUUGUUCGUAAACAUGCAUAUUUUAGGCAUAUCAGUAAGAAAUGGACUAUAUCCUCAAUACAAUGAUCUACCUGGGUAAAGCCGAGAGCUGACCAAGCUUGACUGACUUUGGUGGUUCGCGUGUGAGCGCAUGAGUAGAAAAAUGACUAAACAUUCAUUUGACUGCAAAACUGCCGUGUGCGAAUUGUCGGCAAAUGAACAACAAUCACUGACAUAGAUUUCUUGAAAUUCUCUGAAACAAGCAAGGCAUCAAACUGUGGCGUGACAAACAAGGAAUUUGGUGAAAGAAAACUAAAACAGCGACAAUAACAUCGAAUACAGUUCUCCAUUCCCCGCGCUGCGUUAAGAUGGCUGUGACAGUCUACAUAUGGAGUCUGCAUGUAACUAAGGCGUGACCCAGUUCCAUCUUUGUGCAAAAAAAGCGAGACUCCGUACUACCUUCCUGUAAAUAAGGAGGGAUCUUGUGCUACCUUCGCGUAAAGAAAAAGAAAGCCGACGGAGCUUCGUGAAAGUAAGGAGGAACCUGCGAUUCUUUCUGUCAUUCCUCGUGGCCCAUCCACUGUUUGCUCACCUACCUAGUGCCAGUGACGUCAUUGCUUACCUACCUAGUGCCAGUGACGUCAUUAGCAGCGAUUGGUAUGAGAGGCAGGCAAGAAGUGUUUUCUUCCAAUAUCCUCAGGGCAAGGGUCAUUGGGAGCUUCUUAUUCUACUCCUAUGCCCAUCAUGAAGACCGGAAGUAACCGAUCCCGACCAGAUGAGUGCUGCUCCGACGUACAGUGCCUCGGGCUGACCGAUGAUUGCUAUCUGGAUGACAGUCGCCGUUUAUCACAGGAAAGCCUACAGGUCCGACAGAAUAAUUAUCUAAGGGCGCUAGUUAUCAAGGUGUAGACAUGAACAUAUAGUACUCCAAGCGAGAAUGAACAGGCUCUAUAACAGUGAACAUGCUGACAAAUGGGGCGUGUCUAUAUUCAUGUUGGCAGUCUCAUAUACUCAUAUACUGCUGUGGAACCUACACACUUACCCCAUAAUACAUGCUCACGAUGGUUUAAUUUAGUACCAACGGCAUACGCCCAUGCACAAAAUGAUAGUAUUUAUUCUUCCAAACGGCACGCCCACGGCUUCUUUUUUAAUCAAAGUUAUUCUCUCCUUUCAUACUUUUCACACUGUGGAUCCCUUCCUCCCUGGCACAGCACAAGGGUCUCCACGUUGACCGCCAAGAAAACAGCUGCCGUAAUGCGACGGGGAACCACCGGGUAUGACGUCAUUUUGCCUGGUUGGGGGCGUCAGGGUCGGGCCCCGCUGCAGCAGCUGGCGUGGUUGUGGUGGCUGCUGGUGGGGCUGCGAGUGGUAGGUCGCGCCGGCAGCGUUCCGUCAGCAGCGGGCCCGCGCUACGUCUUCAACCUGCUCCCCCCGCCGGAGAAUGAGAUGUUCCGCAUCCACUUGAACCCGCCGGCCAUCGACAGUCUUCGCGUGCGCUCGCGGCAGGCCGUCUCUUUCAACUGCACCCGGACCACGCGUCUCCGCGCCACCCGUUCUCUCUCCCUGUCCUCUACGCCCACCUCUGGCUACCAACACGACGACGACGACGAGGACAGCGGCAACGACACCACAACCACCCGCUACGACGACACGAGCACGGCAUGGGGGCAGACCUCGACGUACUGGGUCAUGGUCUUUUCCAGCGAUGAGCAUAUCGCUCUGCCGCUGCUGGCUGCGGGCCACGAUGGGAGGCAGGACUACGUCGGCGGCGAUGGAAAUGGCGGUGGAGAUGACAACGGUGACGACGUCGGCGCUGACGGUGGCGAUGUGUUCAGCGUCACUCGGGCGCCCAGGCCGCUCGUGAUGCAGCUGGAGAUGGGGCAGCAACACAAUUUCUCCGUACAGGCUCUUCACGUCGGCAGAGUGACCAUGUCCGUGGCAGUGGUGGACAAAGACACGGCCGCCUCGCUGGCCAGCAACGGCAAGCUGUCCAACAUCGUGCAGGCCGUGGCGGCCUCCGAGUUCCCCGUCACCACGGUGCGGGAGCAGCGCACAGCCGACCUCGUCUUCGACAGCUCCGCCGCUGCCAUCGCCAUUCUCAUCAGCUUCGGCAUCGGCUGCUGCACGGACACCGACAGCGUCAAGCGCCAGCUCAAGCACCCCGUCUCCCUCGUCAUCGGCUUCUGCUGCCAGUUCAUCCUCAUGCCCGUGGUGGCGUUCGGGCUGGCAAUGGUCUUACCACUUAAAAAGGACGCUCGUUUUGGACUGCUGUGUGUGGCGUGUGUCCCUGGUGGUGGACUGGGACACAUCGCCGUCAUCAUCGGCGACGCUGACAUCCCUCUCAGCCUCACCAUGAACCUCAUCAGCGUUGUGGCCAUGUUGGGGACAGCCCCGCUGUGGAUCUUCGUGCUAGGCCAGUACUUCCAGGCAGACCCCACCGCCAUCCUCAGCCCUCGCGUCAUCCCAAUCUACAACUUCGAGAUCUGGCUGGCCUCCAUCUUCUUCGCCUACGCCACGGGGCUGGUCAUUAACCGCUUCCGGCCCGUUGUGGCAGACGCCAUCUUGACCUGGAUCAUCAAACCCUUCCUCCUGCUGGCCUCCAUCCUCUACAUCACCCUCGGUGUCUACAUCAACAUGUACGUUUUCGAGGAGAUCGACCGCUUCGAGGUGAUGGGCGCAGUUCUUCUCCCGCUCAGCGGCUUUGUGUUAGGCUUCGCGCUGCCGCUGCUGUGUCGUCAGAAGACGGCCUUCAUGAAGACCAUCGCCUUGGAGACGUCCAGCCUCAACUGUCUCACUGUGCUGGCUGCCCUGCGCUUCUCCUUACAGCAGCCGGAUGCGGAUCUGGCUUCCACCGUUCCCAUCUGGGUCAUGUUCACCAUUCCAGGACUGUACGUGGGGCUGGCCAUCUUGCGGCGCUUCUCCACCACCACCAAGAAACUGUGGAACAGCCGCAACAGCAAGAAAAACAAAAUCAACAACAACACGGAGGAGGAGGAGCCGAAGGGGGUUACGACGUGGCCUCGGCCAUUGUCAGCCGCCCCGGCAUCGCCGCACUCUCCGCGCCUCUCGUCGUCGCUGACGGCACCGACGAUGAGACUGGUAGCGAUGAAAAAGUGACCGUGUUAUAGCGUUCGCUUCCGUUUUCGCUAUCGUGUAACUCAACACGCACUUGCUGUGUCGGAACCACUCUCUACAAAACACUGCCGUACGGGUUUGUAGCAGGGAUUCAGGGGAAACAACUCUCAACUUUUGCUUCAAGUGUGAGACAAGGCUUCCUCUAGAGCUUGGUGAGGUGGAUAGGGUGAGCAGGAUUCGGGUAAAAAGGAUCCCUUGCCCAUGAAUGUUGCUUCUAGCCUGAGAGAAACGGCAGCUGUUAAGGCCUUGAGAAGAUUAAAAUACUUAUGCGACCUUGAGGUUCCAUGCUCGGAAGAGUCGUAUGUGAGUGAGAUCAGAUUUUCCCUGUCUACGGAUUUAUUCUUAGCGUCACGUGACUGUCAGUUCCAAUUUCCGUACAAGUAGUAAAACAGAACACAUGACCUUUUCACAUGAAGCAAGACGACUGUCUUCUUCGCCUUUGUGCUGCACGUGCACCAUGCGGGAGAGAAAAGUGUGACGUCAGCCCAGCCUCCACGCCUGCUUGUACUGCGGUGGUACUCACUUCCACAUAAGGAUCAGUUGUGUUUGUGAUAGGUGAUUGGGUAGUAGCUGGUUUUGUUGAAACACUUUAUGAAACCCAUCAUUUCUUAGUUCAUGGGGUUUUAGUUAAUAGUAUGACUACAGUCUCUAAGUAAACAAGUCAAGUUCUUUUCUUUCUAGAAUGUCAGCGCAUGUCAAAGACAGAAAUUCUAGUUAGGCGCUCUAUUGUCCGUGGAAACAGCUUUAAUUCAGAUUUGUCUCCUUUCAGGAUAUGGUAGAUUAGUUGAGUGACUUUUGUAUUGAGGUGUGGUGUAGUGUCAACACAUUUCUGAAUGGGAUGUCUAGUCUGUAAAAAGGUGUUAGCCUCGUACAAAUGUAAAAUUUCGAGGUCUUUAUACAAGACCUGUACUCGGUGAAUAGGUUUUGUAGUGGAACACAAUGCUGGUCAGACGAUGGAAUGUACUGUUAAACUCAGUGUUUGUCGGUUGUUUUCUACUUUUGUCUCUCGUAAACUUUCUUUCGAAGUAGACAAAUGAUUUAUACUGCGCCGUCUAUAAAUCGAUUAUUUAGUAAUAUAUGCGAUUGUUAGAUUAAUGACCAGUAGUUACGAUGUACUGUUUUAAUUAGGUAAAACACUCAUAUUGCCCCAGAAACGUUUUCUCUCUCUCUCUCUAUUUUUUUUUUUUACUUCUGCCUUUCCCCUACUUCAGUAGGUACUGAGAUUUCAUCAUGUCAUAUACAAUCCACUACUGCUAACGUAUUUUUAAGCUGCCAGAGGUGGAAGAAAUUGCGAAAAAAGUAUACGCAUAAGAAAAUAUAUGCAACCACCGAGAGUUCGACUGAAAAUAAGACUUCAUUUUAUAUCAAAGCAAUGUCUUCUUGUUGUAAAAUUAUCAAAAUGAGCCUACGUCACCAGAGCAUUUGCGAAAUAUCUUCCACCAAACAUAUCGAGUGUCCGGUGAAAGCCGUGGUCACGACCCUUACACUGUCACGUUCUGUCACGUUAGUCGGCUCAGGAAGGAGAGCACGAGAAAACGAGAGCAGAUUAUUU